AGAUAGAUAGAGAGAGAGAGAGAGAGAGAGAGAGAGAGAGAGAGAGAGAGAGAGAGAGAGAGAGAGAGAGAGAGAGAGAGAGUGAUAACUAUGCACACGCCUCGGGGGCUUAUCCACAUGAAUGUGGCUCCACAAGGGUGGACGAAUACGGUGGCGAUGGUCCAGAGGAAUAUGAUCCGGGUCAUGCAAACAGUUAGUCCACACAUCACGCAGCCGUACAUCGAUGACCUGGCGGUAAAAGGGCCGCGAAAAAGGGAAGACGAUGAGGUCCUGCCUAGAGUAAGGCGGUUUGUCUGGAGGCACAUUCAGGAUCUUGAUAAAGUCUUGGGCUUGCUUGAGGAGUACAACCUUAUGGCUAGUGGGCCUAAGUCUAAGCACUGUAUGAAGGAAACGACUAUCUUGGGGUUCGUCUGUAAUGAGAACGGUCGGCGGCCGGAUGUUAAAAAGACGGAUAAGAUAGUUGAGUGGCCGGUGCCAUUCCGUUCUGUAACAGAUGUAAGGAGCUUCCUAGGUACGUGUGGGUUCUGGAGGUCCUUCGUCAAGAACUUUGCGGCAAAGACAGAGCAGUUAAGGAAGCUGGUCCAGCAAGAUCAGGAGUGGACCUGGGAUGAGGAUCAGGAAGAGGCUGUGGCCAACAUGAGGGAGAAAUUCCGGAAAGGAGGGUUGGUACUGGGAGCGCCCGAUUAUGACGCUACGGAGACGAGACCAUUCAUUGUGGAGACCGAUGCAGGACCGACGGCCUUGGGUGGAGUUCUAAUCCAAGCAGACAUCAAGGGGAAGGAGAGGCCGUUGCGCUUUGAGAGUCGCACGUUGCCUAUUCGACUGGAGAUUGUGAAUGCAGAUGACUUCAUCCCAACAUUCGAUCAAUUCAUGCAAGACCAGGCAAUACUGCAAAGCGAGUGGAUGACGACGUUACCCCUGUGGACCCGAAAGGCGGAAAGACCUUUGGCCAGACAGAUCAGGGAUAUGGCCCGAGAUUGGGAUGGUUGUAGAGCGCACUUGAGGGCGGCAUUCCGGCAGACAGAACCACCUCGGCCUAGAGUCGAAAGGCGCCUCAGGAGCUGUAGGCAAAGGGAACCUGAGCCCGCAGAGGACCGAAUCUCGCGAAGAGGACGGAAGGCGCUCGCUAGGCGAGAGGAGGAAACGGUACCUGAGGCAGAGGAGCGAGGAGAAGGCCCCGAGUGUGAAUUGGGGCCAGUAGAGUUCCACCGCUAUACUGGGGGAGGACCGGGAGAAGCGCCACAGCAUAUACAGGAAGAGAUACCGGUCGUUGAAGGGUCACUGCAAGAGUUAGAGGCACAUCUGGACGCUGCCCAGUGGAGAGAGCCGCUGAUGAGUGAGAGGCGCAUUGAGGCCGUCGCGGAAGUACCGCAGGAGGACGUUCUAGAUCCUGAACAGGAGGAAGAGCUGAGUGCUACGAAAGGCCGGACUGGGGAUGAGAUCAUAGAAGUUGAGGAAGAUACUCCCCCUCAGGGGCCAGCCGUGGGGCUGAGGCUCGGUAGUCCACUCAAGAGCCCGCCAGAUACGAGGAAGAAAGUACAAAGAAAGGAAGUCUCGAUCUCGGUGUCGGAGACAACCCUAUCGCCAACAGGAAUGGAGGCAAGUGAGGCGGAGGGGGCCAGUCUGAGAAGGGAGGCAGACAGUCUGAUUGAUAGCCAUCUGGCCGCCCACGGUCUGAAGCCACCUAGUCUGGAAGAGGUCAUACCUGUGGAGUCACCCCGGGAACCAGGUCAGGCCGAGAGAGAGGUGGAAACGAGGAUCUCAGGGGAAGUCGAACAAUGCACGGUAGAGGAAGUACCAGCGAGAGAGACGGCUGAGGCGAAGCAGGCUAGAGUGGCAAGACGCUGGGAGGAAAUCCGGCAGGAGGGGCAAAGAUUGGAAGCGGCAGGGGUACUUCCAAGUCCGCCACCGCCCUAUAAACCAUAUGGGCUUCCGGAGAUGUGGGGAGAGUUUCUUGCUCGUCAUGGCGAAGGGUUGACGGCCCCAGGCAAGGCAGAGGUUGAAACCUCACAGAGAGCUGAUGAGUAUUUGGACCAGAGGAUUCGCUCCGUAUCCAAGACCUCCCUCGACGGGUAUAUGAUGUUGGAGGCGGAUCUGAGAAGGAAGGAACUGAGGGAAGCAGGGCUGGAGUCACGGUUGGGGACCAUUGAGGCAGAAGUCCGUGAGCUCAGGGCUCUGGUGGCUAGCCAAGCCGCCACCAUCCUGGAAUUGAGGCAGCAACUCCAUGGCAGCAGGGAUGGGGCGGAGAGUAGCAGGCCAGGAGGGCAGAGUCAGCCGAGACAUGGCAUAUCAGAGCAACCGGCUGUGGCGGAGCCUCAGCGAGAGGCACCUAUGGGAAGAGUCAUUUUGGAGCCUGAGGAGGCAAAAGCCAAGAGAAAGGCUGAGAGGGACGCCUUCGAGUUCAGAGCCCCUACGGAGCUUGCGGUGCUACCCACGAUGUUUGCAGACCCUGCCAUGCCACCGUCACUUGAGGAGAGACUGCCCUCGGCCAGUGAUGAGCCUCCCCAAGGCUCGACAGGAGGAUCCUUGGAUGUGCUACUGGAAGCAGUCCACUCUAUGCAGGAGGAUGCUGGCUUGUUUUCACCAGAGUCCAAGUUGGAAGAGUCCCUGGAGAGCGAGAUGGGAGGUGCAAUAGAGGACAUCAUCGCAGGCAGGCCCCAGAGGUUGGAUACUCCUGACUAUGAGCCAGUGGGAGCAAGGGUGCAACCAGGGUCCAGUCCGCGAGAGUCGGAAGCGGGAUCUGAGGGACCCAAAGAUGUGCCUCAGUGCCAUGAGUUGGACGAAGAGGCCAGGGAAACCCCAUCGCCAGCAGGGCCCCAGAGGAAGAAGAAGAGGCCAAGGAAGUCUUUCGACUCGACCUGUUUCUAUUGUACAAGGGGAGAGCACAGGGCAUUGCAGUGCCUCAAAUUCCUAAAGGACCAGGCAGACGGGAAGGUCUCGGAGAAGAUGUAUGAUAGGCAGGGUAGAGUGGUGGAACGAGCUGUAGAUGGGGGUAGAGCUCAAUUGUACGAGCAAAACCAGGAGGAGAUGAGUGAGAAGGGUCUGGUUCACCUGAAUAAAAGCUGGAUAUUUCUUUGAUGAUCUUGCUAUUACUUAGGCAGGGUGGACACCUACGACGUUGAGUGUGUAGAUGGGACCUGCAGCAUGGGGUGGC